ACCUUAAAAUGUUUGCAGAAAUUCGCAUACCUUGGGUUCUUUUAUUUUAUAUUUCUGUCUCGGCUGCAAUUAAAGAAUAUGAGUUAUUUGGUUAUGUUUCUGCAUCUAUGGCAUUUAUAGUUCUUGCACAUUUCUUGUAUGUGAAUGCUUGUGCAAAAGGUGAAGAAUGUAUCCCAACUACUUGGGAUAUGACUUAUGAAAAG